GCAAAAUAUGCCAGGAUGUUGGCAACAAAAGUUGGUUGCAAUGUAUCGGACACGGUAGAAUUAGUAGAAUGUCUACAGAAGAAGCCGUAUAGAGAACUUGUUGAUCAGGAUAUUCAACCGGCCCGAUACCACAUAGCCUUUGGUCCAGUUAUUGAUGGGGACGUGAUACCAGAUGAUCCUCAGAUAUUGAUGGAACAGGGAGAAUUCCUCAAUUACGACAUUAUGUUGGGUGUUAACCAAGGAGAAGGACUCAAAUUUGUGGAAAACAUUGUUGACAGUGAAGACGGCAUAUCUGCUAGUGAUUUUGACUUUGCUGUCUCAAACUUUGUCGAUAACUUAUAUGGGUACCCGGAAGGCAAAGACAUCUUGAGAGAAACUAUUAAAUUUAUGUAUACAGACUGGGCAGAUAGACACAACCCUGAAACAAGAAGAAAAACACUCCUGGCUUUAUUUACUGAUCACCAGUGGGUGGCACCAGCAGUGGCUACAGCUGAUCUUCACUCAAACUUUGGGUCACCUACAUAUUUUUAUGCCUUCUAUCACCAUUGCCAAACAGAUCAGGUUCCUGCCUGGGCAGAUGCUGCUCAUGGAGAUGAAGUUCCGUAUGUAUUAGGAAUUCCCAUGAUUGGUCCCACUGAAUUGUUUCCUUGUAAUUUUUCAAAAAAUGACAUCAUGUUAAGUGCAGUGGUGAUGACCUAUUGGACAAACUUUGCAAAGACUGGGGAUCCCAAUCAACCAGUUCCACAAGAUACUAAGUUCAUUCACACAAAACCUAAUCGUUUUGAGGAGGUAGCAUGGACCAGAUACUCUCAAAAAGAUCAACUUUAUCUUCACAUUGGAUUAAAACCACGAGUGAAGGAACAUUACAGAGCUAACAAGGUGAACCUGUGGCUGGAACUAGUACCUCACCUGCAUAAUCUUAAUGACAUUUCACAGUAUACCUCUACAACAACUAAAGUGCCAUCAACUGAUAUUACUUUCAGGCCAACCCGGAAAAAUUUGGUACCUGUAACAUCAGCUUUUCCUACAGCCAAGCAAGAUGAUCCCAAACAACCACCGAGUCUAAUUUCAGGAGAUCAAAGAGACUAUUCCACGGAGUUGAGUGUCACCAUUGCCGUGGGAGCAUCCUUGCUGUUUUUGAACAUCUUAGCCUUUGCAGCAUUAUACUACAAAAAGGACAAGCGGAGACAUGACGGGCAUCGGCGAUGUAGCCCCCAGCGUACGACUGCCAAUGAUCUCACCCACGCACAAGAAGAGGAAAUAAUGUCCCUCCAAAUGAAGCACAGUGACUUGGGUCAUGAAUGUGAAUCCAUUCAUCCACAUGAGGUGGUUCUUAGGACCGCCUGCCCCCCAGACUACACGCUAGCUAUGAGAAGGUCACCUGACGAUAUUCCUUUAAUGACCCCCAACACGAUUACAAUGAUUCCAAACACUAUACCUGGGAUACAACCCUUACACACAUUUAAUACAUUUACCGGUGGACAGAACAGCACUCUGCCCCAUCCACAUCCUCAUUCACAUUCAACAACUAGGGUAUAG